AUUGAUGAACAGACGCCAUCCCUACAAAAAUCUGCUGAAGAAAAUGACCAAGCGAAAUCAUCGCAAAUAUCAAGCUCAAUUGAAGAAAAAUCGGUCGUUGAGGACAAAUCUGAAGCACAACAACAAACAGAAAAGUUAGAAGGUGAAAUUAGUCCAGACGAUAGUUGGGGUGCAGCUGCGCGACAAAUACUAUCUGUACCCGUGAAAGCAGCUGGUGAUUUCAUCGAAAAAGUUGUUUCGAGUGUUCAAUCAGAUUCGUCACAACACGAAACUGACUUUGACACAAAUAUUUCUGGAGAGAAACCAACUACUGAGCCCUUGCCAGAUGUCGAUCGAGACUUAAUGCAAACAACCAGUGGUGAACUGACUGAAAUAAUGCAUCAGCUUUUAAACCUAGAAAAAACCGUUGUAAAACAUGAUGACCAGCAGCAACAACCUCCAUCAUCGAUUGCGAAAAGCCUUACUCCUGCUGAAAUAGUGUCCCGUUAUGAAUCUAUGAUCGAGCAUGUUGAAAGCCUUCAAAAACCCUUAAUCGAAAACCAAACAAGCGCUGCAGAAACCUCAACUCCUGGUACAAAGGCAGAUUUAUUGGACACGAUAGAAUUAAGCCAUAGGUACGACAAUUUAAUUGGAAAAUUAAACACUUUAGAAAAAGGAGCAAUCAAAAGUAUUCCACAAAUCGGACAGGUAGAUACACCUCACCAACUGCGCGAUUCAUUUAAUGAAGUUAGUGAUCGGAAACCAAUACCAGACAACUCGACUACUAUUCAAAAACUCUCCAGUACAAUCGAGAAAGUAACAUCUACUGUGACCGACAAUGUACAAACAGCAUCCCCGUCAGCAGAUACACAAGAACAUCGGUCGACUGAACUCAAACCGUCGCCUAGUGAUGACUCGGUAAGUCGGAGUUUUACAGAAUGCAUUUAAUUAUACAUUCUCGCUUUCCCCAAUAUCUCCAUGAAAAUCGUUCGUCUAAUAUGUUUUGUUCUCUCUGAUUUAGAAAC